AUGGAAAACAAACAUCAGGCUACUGACCGAGAGACCCAACCACCUCAACAUUGGAGAAGUUGCAAGUUGAUUAUAGAUCCAGUGUUAUCAAAUGGAUUUUUAAAAGUCUAUCGUUAUGAUGGGCAGCAUUUCAGUAUGCCUGUUCAAGAUUUAGGAGUGUUUGCUGUGGACACAGUCAGAGACCCCAGAAUAUGCCGUCUUUGGACAAAAUACGAUGAGAUUGAUCUUCUAGUUCCUAAAUUUAAGGUUGAUGAAUGCUAUGUUGGCCCAAUUCCUCCCAAAGAAGUGACGUUUGCACGGUUAAAUGACAACGUCCGAGAGGGUUUCUUGACUGACUUGUGCAAGAAAUACGGACGGAUCGAAGAAGUGGACAUUUUAUACAAUCCUCAAAACAAAAAGCAUUUAGGAAUUGCCAAAGUCCUUUUUGACACAGUCAAGGCGGCCAAGGAGGCAGUGCAGCACCUUCAUCAGACGUCAGUCAUGGGGAACAUCAUUCAUGUGGAGCUGGAUCCAAGAGGUGAUAACCGUUUGCGAUAUGUCCAUCUUCUGAUUAAUGGACACUACACUCCUCAGACAGUGCCCGUGGGAAUCAAUGACGUCACCCUUCAAUACCUAACUGAUCGUUUUCUGGGCACCAAAACCACCCUGAGACACAACGAUCAAAUCUCAACAUUCACCGGGUGCAUUUCCAGUCCGACCAGCAUUGCGACGCCUCUCUCUCUGGACACAGCAUAUUCCAGUAUUUGGCAGGACACUCCAGGAAGUUUGGGACAGACGCCCCAAUCUCAAGGCACCCCUCGCACGCCUUGCCUCUCUGGAACCCCGAUGUCUCAAGACUCCUGCUACUCCAGCCAGCAGACCACGCCCAUCCACCAAGCCAGCCAGGGGGACCACUCCUCCUACAGUGUUCACAGACGCCUCAGGAGCGACGGUCCGAGCGGGAGCUGUCGCCAGCCAGGACGCUACCAAGGGAGAUUCCACCGCAGCUCCCAGCUGAGCUCCCUUUCCGGAACCCGCGUCCGAGAGACGCAGAGCCACAGCCUGGAUACUCGCAUUGAGAUGCUCCUGAGGAAGAACCAGGGCUCCUGUGCGCCCCUUCCCACCCACCUCCCCGACCCCCUCCUUGGCAACGGGAGUUUGAAGACGGCGGAACGUCUCCAGGAGAGUCCUGUUUCCCGCUCCUCAUCAAAGGUUCCUCACUUCUCUCUGGACGGCACUCCGGUGCUCAGCGGAUCUCCCUUAAACGGCAUCCCGCGCACCGCCAGCAACCUGGAAGACGGCAGUUCAUCACCCCUCCCUGGCGGAGAAGAGGACCAGCUUGCUGCUGUUGUGGAGCCCUUCACAGAGACACCGCAGGCCUCGGGAAACAUCCCUCUAACGUUGAAGAUUAGAGGCCAAACAGACCAGAGCACCGCUGACCAAUCGGAUGAGAGGACUAGACUCUUGCCACCCUCUUGGACACAGGUCCUGCCUUCGUCAGAAGAACACUUCCACAUCUCUGCACCUCAGCAUCCCACUUCAUACUUCAGUGGAAACCUUCCAAACCCUGUCUCGAACCCUAAGUCAGCUUUGCCUGCGAAUGGUCGCACACGAAUAAUGCCCUUUAACCUCCCGGUUCAAAUCCCCCCCAGGAACCCUCGUCCUCCAAUCCCUCCUUCUAUUCUACCCUUUCCAGUCCCUCUCUCCAACGGCACCAUUCCUAUCCCCCCUCCUGGCUUUGUACCUGUGCCUGGUCAGGGCAUCCCCCUACCUCCUCCCCUUCUCCCCCCACCUCCUGCCGUCCUCGGACCCCCUCCACCUUUAGUUGCCCCGCCCCCUAUCCCGCCCCUAGCGUACCCCUACCCCAUAAGCAAUCAGCAGUCGGACCACGUUCUUUACCCACCUCAGAGGAACAAGCUCGUUCCUUUCAGUGCCCCCCCUUGGCCCCUGCCCCUCAUCCCAAGGUUCGACCCCUCCGUGCCCCCCCCGGGUUACCUUCCUCCAAGGAAGGACCUGCACAAGGUCACUGUGGACAAAGUCAUCUCCGUCAUCAUCGACGAGCUGAAGUCCAUCAUGAGGAAGGAUAUCACUCGCAAAAUGGUGGAAGGUGUGGCGUUCAGGGCGUUUGACCAGUGGUGGGAUGACCAGGAGCAGACAGCGAAGACUGCUGUGAUGCCAGGGAGAGGAGAGGAGAGAGAGGAGGACAGGACGCACCCUAGAGACCCUCUCACGCUGAUUGCUGGCCUGCGUAAGACAGUCCAACUGCCUUCUUUCAAGGUGAAGAAGAAAAGGCUCGGUGAUACCAGUGAGGAUCCCAAAGCAGAGGUGGGCCCCUCUGCGCCUGACAGGGAUGGACACGGGGUCACAGUCGAGGCGCAGGAGGGUGGCGUGGCGGGUCUCACCCCAGACCAGGCUUCUCUCGCUGGGGGUGGCAGUUCAGCCGUUAAGCGGAGACAUGCGAGGCCUCUUGAGCUGGACAGUGAGGGGGAGGAAGAGGAGGAAGAGGAGGAGGGUGCAGAACAAAAAGAGGAACGAAGUGAAGAGAACGACUUCUGUCCUAACAGCCAGCGAUGUGAAGAGGGUGAUAAUGAGGAACUGAACGAGGACAACAGACUGGAUGAUGAUGACGUCGAGGCAACAGGAGAUGAACUUUCCACUGAGGAGCUGGAGGUGGAGCUUGCUCUGCUGGGGGGAUCCCAUGGGGGUCUGGAGAGGGAUCUGGAGGAAGCCUUGCUGGGUCACACCAACAGCCUCUUUUUUCCAGACCCAGUGGGGGAGCGUCUACUUGGUGAACACCUGCACCCACUUCAGGCACCUUGUCCUAUAGGACUCCCAGUGGCGUGUUCUGACUUUGACGUGGAGACUGACAGUCCUGAGUGGGAGAUGGACUCACCAGAGACCCCCAGGCCUCUCACCCCCACGGGUUCCCUGGUGGACAGUGACCCCGACGUGCUCUUCAAGAGCAAGCCGACCCCCCCUCCUGUGGUGGAGGUGGAACUGCCACAAACGCCUGGCCAGGGCGGGGCUUCCUCGCUGGACAGUGAGGAAGACUUGAUGGACCAGCUCCUUUAUCUGUCAAACGCUGAUCCCAAAGAGCGUGCCGUCGCAGUGUCGUACGCGGCCGACGACGACAUGCCCAGGACGCCGGGCGCCGAGGAGAGGAGCGUCUGGACUCCGCACAACUCCAGUCGCGUUCCAAAGACACCUGGGCGGGAGACCACCCCUUCGGAGGGGAGUCUGGUAAUGAGCCCGCCUCCACCUCUCCCGCGGAGCCCCUUCCACAUCCCCUCUCUGUCCUCCAACCUGUACACCCCCCGCACCCCCGGCAGGGACAUCACCCCUCCCAGGAGGCCCACUAGACAUCUCCGCGCCCUGGGUAGACCGACAACGCGCCCCUCGCCUCGCUCACACGCCCCUGUUCUGUCAUCCCUGGUCUAUGACGAGCGGCUGACAGCAUCCCCCGUCGUUUCGCCCCCCCCCUGCAGCCGGUUCUCAGCGGAGUCGCCUGCUUCUGGGGACGUGUGGCUCGGUCCCCGGGCCCGGGGCCAGGUCCCCCUGCAGGGCCUGGAGAACAGGCCCGGCCUGGUGGACGAGAAAGAGAGGGGGAAGCUGUUCCGGAGGAGGGUAUGGCAAAGGAGGAGACGGAAGAGGAGGAGGUGGAGGAGGGUGCAACGGUGGGAGAGGACGUGGUCGGCGCCGAGAGAGACUCCCUCGCUCUGUCCCGGUCUCUCCCCUCGCCGUCGCUCUCCCGGCGGAGAGAGGGAGGUCCUCCACAGGGUGUGGAAGGAAGGGAUGGACGAGGAGGACCACAGGCUCCUGCAGGCUACCUACGAGAGGAGACUGCAGCACGACAAUGUCCGCUGGCUCACUGACACCCACUGGGUCCCUCACCCUCUCACCAGAGUCCUGACAGAGGAGGUUGAGGAGGGCUGUGAUUGGCUGCGGAGCCACGUGACCGGCUCGGCCCGCACCGAGGGAUUCUACAAAAUCGACAAGAAGGACAAGAUCAACUAUCUCCACAGCACACGUCUGGCCACGCCCUCUCGCCUGACAAAUACUCAGGGCGGAAGCCUCCCAGCCAAGCAACAGGCCUUGCUGCGCUCGGGGUCAGAGUUCAGGUCUGAACAGCGCCGCUUGCUGGCCUCCUUCAGCUGCGACAGCGACCUGGUCAAGUUCAACCAGCUCAAGUUCCGCAAGAAGAAGAUCCGAUUCUGCCGCAGCCACAUCCACGACUGGGGGCUGUUUGCCCAGGAGCCCAUAGCUGCAGAUGAGAUGGUGAUCGAGUACGUGGGCCAGACCAUCAGACAGCUGAUAGCGGACAUGAGGGAGAAGCGCUACGAGGAUGAGGGCAUUGGGAGCAGCUAUCUGUUUAGGGUGGACGAGGAGUACAUCUUAGACGCCACUAAGUGUGGGAACCUCGCCAGGUUUAUUAACCACAGCUGUAAUCCAAACUGCUAUGCAAAGAUCAUCACAGUGGAUUCGCAGAAGAAGAUUGUGAUCUACUCCCGGCAGCCUAUCAGCAUCAACGAGGAGAUCACCUACGACUACAAAUUCCCCAUUGAGGAUGAGAAGAUCCCAUGUCUGUGCGAAGCAGACAACUGCAGAGGAUCCCUCAACUGACAAGUGGUCUGAGCACCCACGCCUGGUGCUGAUUGGUCUGACCAUCCACCCCGGGUGCUGAUUGGUCUGACAUCCCACCCCUUGUGCUGAUUGGUCUAACAUCCCACCCCUUGUGCUGAUUGGUCUAACCAUGGGCUGAUGUCCAGCGCCAGGGGUGGGGAAGACCACAAGCCUGUGCCUCAGUCCUGAAGAUAAACCUGUGUAUCUGGACCAUGUUUUCAUUCAUGAGAACUAAUGAAAAUGCAUUCAACUUGUAUCAAGUAUUUUAACAGAUUAUUUUGGUAAUUUGGUGAAAUAACAGUGGUUGACGUGUAUGUAGACUAAUGAUUGUACCUCUGUUUAUAAUAUACAUAAAGAUCUCUUUUUAUAAAGUAAGGAGACUCCAAGUCAGAU